GGGAGCGGGGAGAAGACUGUCAGCCUCGGUGUUUCCAGAAACCCUGUCUGCUACAAGUGGCAGUCGGCCCGGGAUUACACGGUUAACACCGAGGUAUUACGUCUAUUGUGGGUUGUGUGAGCUGUCAAGACCGUGCUGGAUUUAGCUCGACGGGGAAGGUCUGUGGUCUGUUUGGAUAAUGAUACAUGUCCAUCAGCAGCAACAACAAGAACAGCGAACACAGGCCAGUCUGUCCAUCUGGGGAUGGGGGGGUCUUGGAGUUGUGCUUUUCCUCGUCACAUUUGGACCUUUUGCCAUAUUCUACCUGGCCUUUUACAUCUUCUGCUUCAUUGGAGGGGGCUUUGCAGUCACUUUGCUGUUUGGAAAGAUCAACUCCGAGAGACACCUGGAGAAGUGCGAGCAUUCUUAUCUGCCCCCCACCCAAAUUGGUAUAGCAAAGACAUUAGAUGAGAUGAGGCUUGAAAAUAAGCCCAUUAAAAUUGACAGGAGGCUGACCGGCUCCAGUUUCAUAGAUGAACCGCUGCAGCAGGUGAUCCAGUUUGCUUUGAGAGAUUAUAUCCAGUACUGGUACUACACGCUGAGUGAGGAUGAGUCCUUUAUAUUGGAGAUCAGACAAACACUGCAGAAUGCCCUGGUCCAGUUCUCUACAAGGUCUAAAGAGGUGGACUGGCAGCCUUACUUUACAACUCGUCUGGUGGACGACUUCGCCACACAUUUACGUGUCUUUCGCAAAGCCCAGGAUCGGCUCCCUGAUCGGGAGGACAAGCAAAGGGACAUCACAGACGAACUGGUGGACUCGUUCUUCGAAGCCGAAGUGGAGAUGGAGCGAAAGAUUUGUCGAGAUGUUGUUUGCACGUCACUCAAAGAAGAGGAAGGUUUUCUGCGUGACUUGUGUGAGUUGCUUCUGUACCUGUUACUACCUCCUGGAGAUUUCCACAACAAGAAUAUGAGAUACUUCCUCAGAGAGGUUCUUGCACGUGGCGUGCUCCUCCCCCUGAUCAACCAGCUGAGCGAUCCAGACUAUAUCAACCAGUUUGUCAUCUGGAUGAUUCGGGACACCAGCUGUAACUAUGAAGCUUUCAUGAACAUUCUGAAACUGACCGACAAGCCUGCUGAGCUAGAAGCUGUGAAGGACAAGGUGCUGGAGGAGCUGCAGUAUCUUCGCUCUCUGGACACUGCUGGAGAUGACAUCAAUGUGAUCAAGAACCAGAUAAACAGUCUUCUAUUUGUGAAGAAGGUGUGUGAGACCAGGAUCCAGAGACUGCACUCUGGCAAGGAUGUGGAUGCCUUUAAGCUGGCAGCCAACUUUGGCAAGCUGUGUGUCAUCCCAUUGGACCACAUCCUCGUCCACAACAUAGCGCUGCAGUUCUUUAUGGAUUUCAUGCAGGCAGCGGGAGCCCAGGCGGAACUCUUCUUCUGGCUCACGGUGGAGGGCUAUAGAGUGACGGCUCAGCAGCAGCUGGAAGCCAUGCAUGACUGGCAGAAAGAUGGGAAGAAACAAAGCAGCACCACCAAGGGGCUGCUAAAGGCUGCUGCAUUGGGAGUCUAUGAGCAAUACCUCUCAGACAAGGCUUCUCCCCGCGUUCAAGUGAGUGAGUCGUCAGUGGUAGAACUGGGAGAGAGGCUGCAGAGAGAUGACCCCACUCCGGAGAUAUUUGAUGACAUCCAGAGAAAGGUGUAUGACAUGAUGCUACGUGAUGAGCGCUACUACCCCUCCUUCAAGCAGAGUCCUCUCUACGUCCGCAUGCUGGCAGAGCUGGACAUGCUGAAGGAGCCCAGCUACCGGGGGUCAGACGAUGGCGACGGCGAGUCUUUCAACGGAUCUCCGACUGGAAGCAUAAACGUAUCUCUGGACGACCUGUCCAACUCCUGCCAUGACGAAUCUAUGCACAUCCAUGCCUUCAUCUCUGAUACAGCUGAUGCGUCUCUCCCUGGCUUUUGGGCUGCUGCAGGGGUCUGCAAUGACCACGGUAAAACCUACGCACUGUACGCCAUCACUGUGUUAAGACGCAACCCGGACGGCAGCGAAGACUGCUGGAAGACGUACCGGAGGUACUCGGACUUCCAUGACUUCCACAUGAGGAUCACAGAACAGUUUGAAAACUUGGCGUCCAUCCUCAAGCUGCCUGGGAAGAAGACCUUCAACAACAUGGACAGAGAGUUUCUGGAGCGGAGGAAGAAAGAUCUCAAUGCAUAUCUACAGGUGCUGCUGAACCCAGAGACGGUGAAGGCCUGUCCGACCCUGAUCCAGCACGUCUAUGUUUUCCUGGAGAACAAGGCCUACAGCAAGGGCAAAGGAGAGUUUGCACGCAAGAUCGACACGCUUGUGAAUCCCCUGCGGAGCUCCAUGAGGAAUGUGUCCAACGCAGUCAAGGCGCUGCCCGACAGCCUGGCUGAAGGCAUGAACAAGGUGUCGGACAACAUGGGCCGCAUGUCUGAGCGCCUGGGCCAGGACAUCAAACAGUCCAUAUUUAAGGUUCCCCCCCUACUGCCCAAGUCUGACAUUGACCCUGAGCACUGUCGGGUAUCGGCCCAGCUGGACGACAACGUGGACGACAACAUCCCUCUGAGAGUGAUGCUGCUCCUCAUGGACGAGGUGUUCGACCUGAAGGAGAAGAACCAGUGGCUGCGCAGGAACAUCAAGAACCUGCUGCAGCAGCUCAUCCGAGCCACUUACGGAGACACCAUCAACAGGAAAAUCGUGGACCAUGUGGACUUCCUCACGUCCCCAGAGCAGGUGGCAGAAUACGUCAAGAAGUUCAGGGACUCCUACUGGCCCAACGGUAUUCUGGCAGAGAAGUCUCCUCGCCGGGACAAGUGCGUGCGCAUGAGGACACGUGUCGCUGCGAAAACCAGUCUGCUGGGGAUCAUGCCAGACGAGCUCAAGCACAUCAUCGGCGCGGACACCACCAGGAAGGGGAUCUUGCGAGUCUUCGACAUGUUCCAGUAUCAGCCCAUGAACCGGCGCCUGGUCUACGUGUUCCUAGAAGGCUUCCUGGAGACCAUGUUUCCCCAGUACAAAUUCCCCGACCUCUUCGUCAAACUGCACUCCCGCUCCCCCCGCCUGCACAGAUACAGCCAGAAAUUCAAAUCCUCCUCGCUCAAGAGGUGACAGGAGACCACGACUGGACACACGCGUGCUGAGAGCGAGACACAUCUUCAACAUGACGUGCGUUUUGUGUUGUGGCCCCUCACACCUGCCGACACUCCCCUUCUCUGUUAGACUUCAGUUGGGCCAUCGAUGCUGCUGUCUUGUGGUCUGGACACGACUGUUCUGUUGUGAACCUGCAGACGCACACACCUUGCCUUACCGCCCUGCUUCUGUCAGUCAGUGCGGUCGUCCUCUCACCCCGCCCGACCCCUGAGAGCUGCACACAUUCUCAUAGCAACCAAAUAUCUCCGUCACGCGGUUUUUAAAACGGUUACAGAACAAAGCUUUUUUUUAAUGAUAGUUACAUUAUUUUGCUCUAAAACUCCGCCCCUUUAAAUCGAGUGUCGCAGACCUGUGAUGACCAAAGCUCCUUCUCUCCGUACCUGCAGUCUGGGAGGUUGAGACCCUUGUCGGAAGCGACACAAGGCGCUUCAAGAAUGUAUUUGGCUUGUGUCGGUUUGUGUGUGUGUGUGUGAGGUGAGAAGCUGAAACCCUCUUCAGUCAGUAACUGUGCGUGAUUUUGAGCCAGCCUUAAAGUUGUUAACGUAAACUGACCGCCAGACGCAUGCGAGCUACAGCUCCUCAUCACUGACUGAGACAUGACUGAGAUAUAUAUAUAAAUAUAUAUAUAUAUAUAUAUAUAUAUAUCCACCUUGUGUCCCGAAUCACUUUUAAGUUUUGUGCAAUAUUUCUUGAAUCAUUAUAUACUGAAAAAAAAAGGUUAUUUUAAUAGAAAAUUGAAAUGUUACACCGUAAAAUAUCGACAACUUGACAUUCCAUUGUUGUAAAAAGAAUAUUAUUUUUAUGGACUUGUUUUAUAAGUCUGCGUUUUAUUUGUUUAAAGAAGCUUCCUCUCACAUGUCCGUCUCUCCCACUGGCGCGGGUGUCAUCAGACGAAGGCAGUUAGGAGCUCUUUUUUUUAAGUAUUUUAUGGUGCAGGGGUUGUUCAGCACGAACAUGCCGUCUGCGGUGAAGCUCACAGGGAGCCUGCGGACGAUGGAAUCACUGCUAAAGAGCACUUAAGUAGCAACCGAGGGAGAGAACUCUUCCUAUUGGCUGAGCCAGAGCCCCUUCCUGCUGCAGUGAUCCUCGCUCUGAUGAUCCACGGCAGACUCUUGACAGAGCCCCCGGGUCGUGACCUCAGACGUGACCACAGUGAACGCCGCACAUCUUCGUACAGGAAGGCUUUUUAACCUCAGUAUAUAUGACAAUGACAAAAUGUGCAUAUGUGUGUACAGUAUGUGUUCUAGUGUGCCUAAAUGUACUGUCAACUCUAUUUUCAUAUUUUUUGUUUAACCUAAAAAAAAAACGUCAAUCAGAAUGUCAUAAUCAUUUUAUGCGACUGAAAUUAUUUGUAUGUGUGUGUUUAUGUUCCUGCAGGCUUCUCAAACUUCCUCCGGAGCGUCAGCGCUCAGAUCAGUAUAACACUAAUAAACGGCAGACUAACAGGCCAACUCGUCUUUGUCUUGC